CCUCUUGCAUAAAUGCGGGCCUCUGGCCAGCUCAGCGGUCCUGCUCUCCUCCCUCCUCUCGGACUAUCAUGGCUCUCCUGUCCGUCCUCACACCGGUCCUGGCCGUGGUCCUGUGUCUGGUGUUGGGCUUUAUGUUUGUAAAAUCACGGGAGACUGAGACCAACUCGACUUCCCCGAGUGAAAGUAAAGAGGCGUCGAAAGUAAAGGACGUUAGACCGUGGGUGGACCAGGACUUACAGGACGAUACCGAAAUCUCAACAAAAGAGGAAGGUGGGAUCCUAUAAGCUGUUUUUUUGACUUGGUUGCCAUGUUUUCAAUUUUACAGUAACUUAUUGUUUACUCUGCCAAAGGAACGUGUAUGCACAGCCUUCUUCUAUGGUUUUGAAAUGUAUGUAUGUAUGUUGGCCUACUGUAAUCGAGGACCUGUUGUCUUUCCUUUAGAAAAAGGUUACCUGUAACAAAGAACAAUGCCACUUUUCAGUAUGUUAGAGAGCUAAUUUCUCCAUUUAUUUUACAUAUUUCAAAGAUUGGCUAUUAGUGUUCUUAAAAGUUUAGACGGCCAAAAAGACCCCAUGUUGGCUUCCACUAAAUCAGAAGUGGCACCAAGUACAUUUUUGAGGUACUUGUAACCUGCUCAACUUCACUUAAGAGGCCUGCUUGCAUUCCUGCUAACUCUAUCCUUAUAUUAUCCUUUAUAACAUCUUCAAUCAAGGACUUGGCUGACUAAAUAGUAUUUCUAGUCCUAAUUUAUUUAUAUAAUUUAAAGAAUCUGAGUCUUCCAUCUCAUUGAGGAAAUGACAUGGUAUAGCAUAAUUUUGGAUGAAUAAAUCACAUAAAAAAGCUAAGUUUGCAGUCGCUUAUAUUCUUCAUGGGCUUUCUUAACAUAGAGACACUUAUGGUAUCAGUAUUCUAGUCUCAUAGUGCUGAAAAUAACCUGCAUUCUAUUAAAUGGAUGAAGUGUGGUGAUGGCUAUAACACACGCACACAUCUUAGGAUGAUCUUUUUGAGCCUGCCAUCUCUAGACAUUACACUCUGUAACAUAUUUCUUGUCAGUUUGAAAGUUGUUUUAUGUCUCUGCUGCAUCAAAAACUAUUCUCUUAACAAAAAAAAAAUCAACCAUCUUGUUCUACUUUUGAGCAACUUUGUUCUCUGUGCCCUUCCAUCUUUACACCCCAUUGGUGCUGGACUGGUUAAUGAAAGAUAGCCUCUUUUAUAAGGAGCACACUUUCUGUCAGAUAAGCAAUACUAUCAGUUUUAAAAAAUGUCAAUUUCUAAACCUGAAAUCCUAAUUAGAUUGUUUGUCAAAUGUAUUUUGGGGAAAAAUGUCUUAAACUUGGGUCAAGGAUAUAUGAGGUCAAAUAGUAAGGUCUAGACCUGCUUUAUAUGUAAAAUGUCUUUAAACUUUGUCAGGCUUCCUCCUUAUUGAAGGUGACUUCAAGCCUCGGAUAUUUACUUUCAAAUCAGAGAUUUCUCACUUUGCUUUGUUGUUCUCCCAGAUGAUGGCGACUGGGUGGACAACCAUGAGGAGGAGGACUUGCAACACGUUCCCUACUCCCCACCACGUUUCCCCGAGGAGGUGAUGCUGCAGAGGUCCAAAGACUUUCACGAUCUGUUGAACCAGCGGAGGUCUGUCAGAUUCAUCAGCCCAGAGCCUGUGCCUCGUGAAGUAAUCAAUAAUGUCAUUCGAACUGCAGGUAUGUUCAAAUUUAGUCUACCAGGAAUACGUAUAAAUCAUAUAAAAAGCAUCAUUGUCCUGUUACUGAUACUUCUGUUUGCUUUGCCUCCAUCUCACCUGAGCAGGUACAGCACCUAGUGGAGCUCACACAGAGCCCUGGACAUUUGUUGUGGUGUCAGACACAGAGAUGAAACACAAGAUCAGACUGAUAGUUGAAGAAGAAGAAGAGGUCAACUACCGCCAGAGGAUGGGUGACAAGUGGGUCAAUGAUUUGGCCAAAUUAAGGUAAACAUCCACACGCUCUUUAUCAACCAAUAUCAAUCUAUUUGCAGUACCUUUAUGCUUAAGUUUCCUCUUAAUAUUUGCCACCUUUUGCAGAACAAACUGGAUCAAGGAAUACUUGGAUGUCGCUCCAUACCUGGUCCUAAUCUUCAAACAAACCUAUGGUGUUUUACCAAACGGCAAGAAAAGGACUCAUUACUACAAUGAAAUCAGUGUCUCCAUCUCCUGUGGGAUCCUGUUGGCGGCAUUACAGGUAAAGAGUAACAUCAACCCACAUGUGUGGAUUUACCCAGCCUCUCUAAAUACAUGAAAAACAAUUUAUGUCUGUUUAUUCUGUCUGUUUUCCUGUCAGAAUGUGGGUCUUGUAACCGUCACAUCAACGCCUCUAAACUGUGGCCCUCAGCUCAGGGUCCUCCUCAAGCGGCCAGCCAAUGAGAAGCUGUUGAUGUUGCUCCCUGUAGGUUAUCCUGCAACUGAUGCCACGGUACCUGAUUUGGAACGCAAGCCUUUGGAUGACAUCAUGGUGUACAUAUGAAAUCAGUGGAUACAAUAAAAUGCAGGAAAUGAUCAUAUAUUCCUUCUGUAUUGUUAUCAUAACACAUUUCAUAAAUUGAUAUGGCAUAAACAAUAAGUAAGGUUUCAUCAAACAAUAGAAAUCAAGAUGUUUCAAGAUUUGUUGUCAUCAAUAAAGUACUUUUUCAUAACUGUA